AGUAGGAGGAGGCGCAGGCGGUCAUGGAGAUGGAGAUGGAGGUAGGGAGGCGGCGGCGGCGGAUCGGAGUCGGAGGGAGAAGCCAGAAGGCGGCGGCGGCGGGGGAGAUCGAUGUUGGGAUCCCAUCGGAAAUCGGAUGGGAUCAGACAGACUGGGCCGUUCGUUCGUUCGUUGUUGCCACGUGCCACGGCCCGGCCCGGCCCAUGAAGAUACCACGACGUGGCAGGAAACCCAUGGUUGGGCGGGUUAUCCUCUUGCUCUUGCCUGCCAUUGCGCGCCCAGGUUAUCCCCCCCUGUGCUGUGCGUCGUCGUCGGCGCCGGCGAUGCCCCUCCUUCUACUGCGUGCCGGCGCCGGCGCCAAGCCACCACUCUCCUUCUCCGUGCCUCCGCCUCCUGGGGAUGUCCGAAUAAGCAGCAGACCACCCACCACGGCCACGCGCUGCUCCUCUUCCUCUUCCCCAAAGCUCUCCUCCGCCACCGUCCAAUUCCGCUCCGACUCCGACCCAUGGAACCAACCCACUGUUGAUGACGACGGCGACUUCGACUUGAAGGGGAGGAAGGCCAUCCCCGGCAUCCACGUCCCGCGCCAACGCUACAUCGCCGUCUCCAAGCCCGCCCUCCUCGACGCUCUCCUCUCCCUCUUCCCAUCCCAACCUCCCACUCCCUCUCCCACCUCUGCUGCGGCUGCUGACUUCAAGCGCUUUGCAAGAUGCCUGGACGCCCUCCUCCACGCAGAGCACAAGGAGAUGCUCGAGGAAAUGCGAACCUAUUACAUGCUCACCCACAACCAUCACCAACACACCGCUGCCGCUGAUGACGAUGACGAUGACCAAUCCGUGCUCAACGGCAACGCCAACACCACUGCUGGUUUUUUUGGCAUUACAGACAACGGAACCUUGCUUCUUACCAGAAGCUUGGGUCUCAGAACACUCCUGGGAUUGUCACCAGACCCUGAUUCACACAACAGAAUUGCUUUUGCAACUCAUUUCCAGCGCUCCUUCAUGAACCUUCUGCGCAAUGCUCAAUUUGAAGAGCUCUCUGCGCAAGACCUGCUCUUGACAUACGCCCUAAACACCGAUUACCUCUUGACUUUGCCCAUUUAUGUCGAUUGGAAAAAGGCAGCUGAGUCCAAUGCUAUCAUAUUCAGGCGUGGGUAUGCAACGGAGAGGCAGAAGGGCCUACUGUUGGUUGAAAAGCUUGAUUACCUACAGUCUAAACUCUUGCAAAAUAUCUUCUUUGGCUUCUCCAAGCCCUUGAGGAAGCUGGGGAAAUGGCUCAAUGAGGCAUUGAAAAGAUCAACAGGGAAUGAGGGAUUUCAGAUCUGGAUUGAAAAACUUAAAGUCUGGCUUAAAGAGCAAACCUAUGCGGAGAAUUCGCUUUCGUUGAUUGAGAACUCUUCAUGGGAUAAACUUAGAUCUGAUCAAUUACCGGAUGCUGAUCUUCCUAUUUGGAUUGCUGCUCAAAGGGCAGUCUCUCGUUACGAAGGAAUCCUGUCACCAGUUGGUCCUCGUGGCAGACUUCUAAGAAGAUUGCUUGCUUGGACUGGUUUAAUCCCUUCUCUGCCAGAAGCAACAAUAAAGUCAGAUAUCGAUACAAAAGAUCUUGAAGGCUAUGUGAGGCCAAAUUUUCUGCCAAGAAUAACACUUGCAAAUAUAUGGGCGCCAGCAAGCAGAGAAUCUUGUAACAACAAUCUCUGGGAGAUAACAAAAGCUUCUUUUGGUGUUUUAUUUGGGAAGUCUACUCUUCAGGAACCAGCAUUCCAAGAACUGAUCCUACUUUAUACUGAUGAGGCUGAUCAAAGCAAAGAGAGAGAAAAAUCAGACAUGAUGCCAUUGCAACUGAAAAUUUUUGAAAGGAUCCCCAUCCCUGAUCUGCCAGUGGUUUUUCCUCACAAGAAGUUGUCCUUCCGCAUCCUAGAUACAGUAAGGUUGGAUAUUGCUACCGUAAUAGGUUUGUUGGCUUAUGUCGUGAACUACAAAUUUGAGAGUUUAGCCUCAUCUCCAUCGGCUUUUCUUCUUGAUAUAGUUGCCUUUACUGCACUAGCAAUACUUGUGUUCCGUGUGGCGCUGGGUUACAAACAAACUAGGGAUAGAUACCAGCUUCUGGUCAAUAAAACGCUCUAUGAGAAGACAUUAGCAAGUGGAUUUGGUUCAGUUUAUUUUCUCCUUGACGCUUCUGAGCAACAACAGUAUAAAGAAGCGCUUUUGGCAUAUGGUAUGUUACUGUGCAGGAAAAAGUAUCAGGUGUCAUCUCGUGUAAGCAUCAGAGAUACAUGUGAGCAGUUUAUGUACGAGAAAUUUAAGGCGAAGAUCGAAAUGCCUAUUGACAAAGCUAUGGAGACACUAUUGCGUCUGGGGCUGGUGAUUGAGCUGCCAACUGACGGCGGCUCCCGUGUAAUCGCACUUCCAUGUUCAGACGCAUACGAGAUCCUGAAAAGCCGCUGGGACAGCUUGUUGGAACACAAGACGGAACAAGGCUGAUGAAGAAGACUGUAUUAUUGAGAUGGACGGACGUUGUCUGUAUUCAUCUGUGAGAACUGUUCAGUGGAGAAGUUGAAGGAAGAGGUUCCACAGCCUUGAGGUUUUGUAUAUGCAUACAAGACUCUUGUAGCAGCAAAUUAGUAGUACGUAGGUGUUGAAGAAGAAGAAUAUAUGAAAUGAAAUGAAAUGAAAAUGUGAGAUGUUGCCCAUGAAAUGGAUGAUUUGAAUCAGCAGGAUGUGUGAAGAACGGGCCAAAUGUAUAUACCAUACGGCCAUUGGCAUCUAGCCAAGCUAGUGAUUUGAGAUGAGAAUGAGAUGGUGGUGCACUUGUGUAAAUGAUAUAUUUUGCUACUACAUUUAUUAUAGCGAAAAUAAUGGUAUAAACGAAAAUUUGUCCUUGCAAAAA